GCCUGGAAUUUCAAAAUGGCGUUCAAACGGCGGUUGGUCGUUGAAAGCUCUGCCAGUACCGUCGCUGCCGCCAACGCGACAACAUGUACCGCUGAUUUCCGACAUAUGCAACAUUGCUCCAGAACCAUGGCAGAGGCCAAGAGUGCAUUGAAGGAGGCCAAGAAGGCUAUGAAGGAAAAUGACUUCGAGGCAGUUAGUAAAUAUUGUAAGAUUGCUCUUAAACACGAUCGCAAGAAUUACAAUGCCCUGUUAUUGUUCGGUCGUGCAUGCCAAGAGUUGGGCAAACUGGAGGACUCUAAAAAAGCACUCAUGAUGGCAACACAGGUAGACCCUGAAAGUCCUGUGGCCUGGCAGGGACUCGCUGUGCUCUGUGAGAAACAACCGGGCAUCACAAAUCGAGAUGAGAGCAUUACAAUAUAUACCAGACUUACUGACAUUGUCAAAAAUGAUGACGAGAAAGUAGACAACGUUUUUCGAAAAUUAGCAACACUGCAGUUAGAAAAAGAAGAGCCUGUUAGUGCUGCAGUCACUCUGCGGAUACUUGCCAACCGAUUAACGGACAAAAACAAAGUCAAAGAAGCCUGGCGGAGCAUCACACACAUUCUCUCUGGAGUCAAGGACUUGCCUGAAGAGCAUGCACCAAAGCUACAAGAAGCAUUGGAGAACAUCUUAAAUGAGUCAGUCUUGGGAGAAAAUGAAGGGAAUUAUCAGACAUAUCUGCGACUCUUGUAUCGCACAAAACAAGCAACAAAGCUCGUUACAGCAGCACAGAAAAUGGCUGAAAUAUUUCCCACAUAUUAUCCUCUGGAAUGGAUCUGCCGUAUGUAUGUUGAGAUGACAGCAACUGCAAGCGAAGAGGGAGAGUUCCCACUGAACAGAGAAGAAAUCAGCAAGUACGUACUCAAACUACUAAGCCUGAACAAGGCAUCUCCAUGGGGCAACCUAGCACAAGGGAUUUGUUAUGAACAAGAUAACCAGCACAUUGAGGCCAAGGCUCAUUUAAGAGUCGGUGCUGAACGAGUUGGAAAUAAUCUCCUUGGAUGGAAAAUACUAUUAAAUGUCCAAGAAGCAACUAAUGAUUGGUCAGGUGUUGAAGUAACUUGCAAGAGGUCGCUCAAAAUAAUGGAAGAGGAUCCGAAUGUCACAAUACCAGAUAACGAAGAGUUUGAGGCAUAUCGGACAAAGUUGCUACUAAUGCAAGCUAAGGCUUUUGUGUACAUGGGACACAAAAAUCACCUACGACAGGCAGUUGCUCUCCUGGAGAAGUAUGCAUGCACAAGUUUAGACUGUGGACUGCUGCUAGUCAAAUCAAGAAUAAAAUUGCAAGAAUUUGACUUCGCAGAAGAUGAGCUUAUACAGCUUGAGGAUGCCUUUGGACAACAUUUUCAAUUGAAGCUUCUCUCAGCAUGUCUUCUUCGAGCUCAAGGGCAGAAGCAGAAGGCAUUGAGACUCUUGGAAGAGCUUGUUCAAGAGCAGCCUGACUGUGCAGAAGCUCAUCUGGAAUUGGGUCGUGUGUAUUUUGAAUUAGGAGACCUCAAGAAAGCUCAAAUAUGUUGCAUGAGGGCUGGGAAACUGGAUUCAAAGCUUGGACAAGCUUUUAUGUAUUUGGGUCAUUUCUUCCGCCGCCAGGAUGUCAUGGACAAAGCUCUCAAAUGCUACGAGAAAGCUUUAUCUCUAAACCCAUGUGAUGAUGAAAUUGGAGCAUCGCUAUCGGACAUGUACAGAGUACUUGGGAAAUAUGAAGCAAACAUUCAUCUGUUGCACCGAAUUACGAGUGAAGGUGGGCGUGCUUCCUGUGGGUGGGCGUGGCUCAGACUCGGACUCCAUCAUCUUGCUUUACAUAACUAUGAUCAGUCUAUUCAGGCCUUUCAGUGCACCCUCAAAAUUAAUCCUGAUGACAGUGCAACCUACGAGUGCCUCGGAGAUGCAUACUUGGCUCGCGGUGCUCACUCAGCAGCUCUCAAGGUGUUCACGUAUGCGUCACAACUGAAUCCUGGGGCUCUCUAUCCUCUGUACCAGAUUGCUCACAUCAAGCAGAUAGUUGGGGAGAACCUGGAGGCAAUAAACGAUUAUGAAGCUGUGCUGAAGCGUGAGCCUAUAAAACCUGUGGAAGUUGUGUCUCUGAUCGGGCUCGCCGAAGCUCUUAUAGCAAUUGCUCGGAAAUAUUAUGAGCAGUUUUUCCAUGCAAAUGUGAAGGAUGCAUGCCUCCGUGCCAUUGUUGCUUUAAUGAAGGCUGCCAGAAUAAAGCCAGAGAGCUCGUGCAUUUGGAAGUUGAUGGGCGAUGCUUGUACUCUGCUUCAUCCUGUGCCAGUCUCGCUUUCCAGGUUUAGGGUUCCUGCAAAGUUGGUUAACAGGGAAGUUAAAGAUUUAGAUCAAAUGCUUCUGGUGGAUAAACUGGAGAUACUGCAGUUGGGUGCCAGGUGCUAUGGAGUGGCCCUUCAAAUAACAGAUGAUGCAGCACUCUGGCAUGAUUUAGGAGUCAAUACUUAUUUGCAAGGGAAGAUCUUGGAAACAGGAAAAGAAGGGGAAAGCGAUGCAGCCAUUAAGGACUUGAUGGAACGCUCUCUUAUGGCUCUAAGAAAAAGCCUCUCUAUGGAUCCUUUAAAUGGAAUGACUUGGAAUUCUCUUGGCAUUGUUGCUGCCCACAAAAUGGCGGGUGAGUAUGCUCUAGCUCAGCACGCUCUGAUCAAAGCGUGCCAGUGCCAGCCCAGUGCAGUUACAUGGACUCACCUGGGUGCUUUUUACCUAACUCAGGGGGAGGCUCAUCUAGCUCAUGAAGCCUUUUCCCAAGCACAGGCUUUAGAUCCUUCCUUUGUUACUUGCUGGGUUGGACAGGCCCUUGUUGCUGAGAGUGUGGGCCAUUCUGAAGCAUUUGAUCUCUUCCGUCAUACAACCUUGCUUGGCAUUCAAUUAGAAAGUUGUAUAGGCUUCACUCAUCAUGUAACGGACAUGGCAUGUGAUUCCAAGAAGCAAAGUAAUGUGCGUACUCAGCAGGUUAUUAAGCAGUCAACCCCAAGUUCAACUGACUGUAUGGUUUUCUAUUCUCGAGAAAGAGAGGAAGAUGUUGUGGGGCUGAACAUGACGGGCUUGAUGCUGGAGAUGAUGGGACUGUACCAGUCGGCGAUCAAGGCUUAUGAAACGGCACUACGCAUUGUUCGACAGAAUGAGGCAGAAUCAGUGGAGCGUAUUGAUGGUAUACGCUGCAACCUUGGCAGAGCUUUAACAGCAUUGGGGAACGUAGAAGAGGCUAUGGUUCAAUUUAAGGCUAUUAAGAAUCCAGAUUAUUUCACUCAGUGUGGCCUAGCACUUGCAAGUUUGAAAGCGGGCCAAUUUGAAGAUGCAUACAAUGGCUACACUGCUGCCCUUCACUGGCUAGCUCCUGAUGAUACUCAAAAGUCACAUAUCCUAGUGGCUUUGGCAUCUCUCCAGUACAAGUUUCAAAAUACUGAUGAAGCUAAGAAGCUGCUUUUCCAAGGGUCACAGUUGAAAGGAGCAUCAGUACAUGGACUCCUGGCUCUAGCAGCUCUGGGUCUCAUUUCUGGUGAUGCAGUGCUCACAAGUGCCGCCAUGGCUGAACUUAAACCAUAUGAACAUCACAAAGAUCACCUUCAUCAUGUGGCUUUCUUGAGAGCUGCAGGAGCUACUGCACGGGGAAACACAAAAGAAGCAAAGUCAAUCUUGAGUCGUACUGUCCACCAGCACCCAUCUAGUGCUCCACUAUGGAGGUCAUUGGCCCGCCACCUCCUGACCACUUCAUCAACAUCUAGCAAGAACGCCAGUGGCCAGUGUAGAGCAGCAGCCACUUGUGCGUCUGCUGCAACCAAACUUGCCCAGACAGCAGGAGAAAACACAACCAUUGCUCAGGAUGCUGUAACAAGUGUGAUGGCUACCCUCGGAUUUGAUGCAAGCAUUCGAAGAAAUUCCCAAAACAAGACAAGUUUAAGACAAGCUCAGCGAGCAGUGCUUAUGUGCCCUGGUUCUCCCGAGGCAUGGGCGAUGCUCAUGGCAGCACAGCUUGUUUCUGGCCACGCUCAGACUGUAGCACAUCUUGGUCCGCUGGCCAAAAUUUUGUCUCAAGAAGGAUCUUCUCAGAUAUCUACAUGGCUACAAACUGUGUCGUCAAAGAUGAUCAAGUGACUCGGGUGUCUUGGAUAUAUUUAUUGUUGAAUUGUUAAAACUCAACACCAGGUUUAAUGACUUCGUAACUUGAUAUUUCUUGAUGAAGUAUGAACCAUUGUUAUGAUGAUUCACCUGGCUCAUACGAAUAGAUGAUUAUAGAACUUAAUUAUGCCACAAUUAUUGUUGUACUGCACAUAAAAUACAUUAUCAUAUAAAAUUUCUAAAAGCUGUUUUUUGUUUUCGUAUAAAAUACACUUGUAUAAUAUUUUGUUUGCACACAACUAGUCAUUGACAGAGUUCUUAGCUUUAUAAAGAUGAAUUUGAAAAAAAAUAUGUACCUACUGCAAUAAAAUAUUUGCAUACAAAUACUGUAUGAAUGUUUGGUUUAGUUGAUGCCUCACGUGAAUGCUAAUGUUAAUCUUUAUGCCAUAGUUCAAUCCUAGGUUUUUCUUUCCCUUUUGAUCCUUUUAGCAUUCAGGAAUUUAUUGCAUAUUGGUAUUCGUGGAGAAUUUAUCUUUACCGUAAAAAUUUUCAACUUUAAAAUUAAUUGGAUAUCAGCCACAUAAUAUAUCUUGAUGAAUAUUAUUAUGUCUGAUUAUAAUGAACUUGAUUAUAACAGGUCUAUAUUAAUCUUCAAAAAAAUUGUAUAAAUUAUUUUACCAUAUUAAUCCUAAAUUUAUAUUACAUUAUAAUUACCAUUUCCCACUUCCUUGGAGUGGGGAAGAUGUGAUAUUAAAUAUACAAACUGA